GGCGCGCCGCUGCACCGGCGCGGCUGUUGCCGUUCCGCGGGCGGGGCUGCCCGGAUCCAAGAUGGAGGCGGCGGGCAGAGCGGGGCAGGAGAUGAGCCUGGCGGCCCUGCGGCGGCACGACCCCUUCAUCACCGGCAUCGCCGACGUGACCGGCCAGGUCGCGCUCUACAGCUUCAGCCCCAAGGACAACGAGUGGGAGAAAACUGACAUAGAAGGGACCUUAUUUGUGUAUAAAAGGUCAGCUUCUCCUUAUCAUGGUUUUACGAUAGUGAAUCGACUGAAUAUGCACAACCUGGUUGAGCCAGUAAAUAAAGAUUUGGAGUUUCAGCUCCAUGAACCUUUUCUGCUCUACAGAAAUGCCAGCUUGUCAAUUUACAGUAUUUGGUUUUAUGACAAGAAUGACUGUCAUCGAAUAGCAAAACUCAUGGCUAAAGUGGUUGAACAAGAAGCUCAGAGGUCGCAGCAAGUUUCUCAGGAUAGAAAAAGUCCCAGCAGAACCAAUGGCUGCAAUGAAAACAGGCCCAUUGACAUCCUAGAGAUGCUUAGUAAAGCCAAGGAUGAGUAUGAACGAAAUCAGAUUAGUGACCUAAGUAUUAUAUCAAGUUCUGGAAUGCAACAGAAUUCAAAUCCUCCAAAGCCAGAAAGCACAGAACCUUCAGAACAGAAGCCUUCAUUACAGGUGCAAGACCAGCCAUUUCAGUCAAGGCAGAAGCAUCUGACUUUGGAGGAACUGUUUGGAACCUCUGUCCAAAAGGAACAGCCUGCAGCUCCAUAUCCCAAUCCAGAGAGAAUGGAGAAGCUGCAGACAGACGCAUCUGCCAGAGAGCAGCACAGUUUGCUUUUGCCUUUUUCCUUUGACCAGUCACCAGUAAUGCAACAAUCCCUGGGGAAAUGUGAAAGUCCAAGCAUUAAACCCAGUGCCAGCCAGCAGGACUGUUUGACACCUAUGAUAAUACCUCCAGCUUCAGUUUCCCAGCCUGAGCUGAAAAACGUUCCAAGCUAUUCAGUUCGUUUAAGCCCUGUUCUUAAUUCAGCCUCGACAAUGGAAGCUGCCCCUGCUCAGAUGCUUCCUGGCCUCAAACAAAGCAACAGUAUAAUGCAAGUUAUGCAGCAAGCUGCCAAGCCCAUAUCCCCACUGGUGAAUCAGCCGCCAUCUGACGUGAACCACGCUCCACAGAAUCUCAUGGCUGGCCAAAGCCAGCUCAUAGCACCCUUGACUACAGCAAACACAGGGACUGUCUCAAAUGCAUCUCAUACAAGUGUUGAUCUUCUCCAGAAACUCAGGUUGACCCCACAGCAUGACCAAACACAGCAGCAGUCUCUCGCUAAGAGUCCCUUAACACCAAACAUCUCUGCCUCCGUUGGCCAACUUGCAACACCAGAAAGCUUCAAAGAAUCUCACAGUAAGCCAUCAGCCUUGAACAGCAAGAUAAUCUCUCCCCUUCAGACUGUACAACAAAACAAGGAAUCAGAAGUAUUUCCACAGCCGAAAACUUUGUCUAAAGCAAGUCAAGUUGCACCUCCACAGUUUGUUACAGCCACGACGACAGUAACACCUUCAGUCCUCUUGUCUCCAAGUGUGUUUCAGCAAUCAGCUACAAAAGCUACUGAAGUGGAGAAUAAAGCCAGUUCUUCUUCGCCUUUAACACUUGGAACAACAGAAAUUCAGACUACACCUCCUACUGUUCUCAGUAGGUCUCAGCUUCAAGAAGCACUGAUACAUCUAAUAAAGAAUGAUUCCCGUUUUCUCAGCACUAUCCAUGAAGUCUACUUGCAAGUCCUCACCAAGAGUACAGACAACAUUAAGCUAUAAUUGAAAUUGAAUCUACUUAAAAUAUGUUCAUUUUAGAAACAAUUAUGCCUCAUCUAUAAAACUAAUAUUUUUGUAAAAGAAUAUUUAGUUUUCAAUGUCUUGAAUUUGAACCUGUUAGGAAAUAUUAUUCCUUAAAUACUUAUGAAAGUAAUGUUCUCAGAAUGAUCUAGGUUUUCACUGUGAUCAUCACCAGCAAACCUUUUUUUUAUUGGGGAGGGGACUUAAGUUGCAUUUGAGCUCUCAUUAGCAUUAAGUGAAUGUGCAAAUGUUUGUUCUGGCUCUCAUUCCUGGCUGUAUUCAUUGUUCAAGGAUUACAGACUCAAAACUAUUUCAACCAGCAAAUGCACAAUAUAAUACACUACAGCACCCCAGAACCAAAUUCAGUUGUGGGAACCUCGUUCCAGUUUGCAGGACUAAGGAAAAUGAGAGCAAAAUGCCUUGUGAUUAAGCUGGUAGGUGUGGGGAGGGAAAGGGUCUGGAAGCCAGGCCAUUGGAGCUAAAUCUUUAACAAAAGGUCUAAAAAUGUGAUUAGCUCAAAUACAUUGGCAGUCUCUAGCUAAUGCAUGUAAAUUCAUCCUUUUAAUAUUUCAUUAAUCCUAUUUGUUUCUGUGUUACUGACAUAAAACACCCAAGUGGGUAAGGCCAUUUUCUCUAAAGAGGCAAAAUUUGAAAUAUGCAAAAUCCUCAGUGAUUGCAAUUUUUUUUAAACAACAAAGGAGUUGCAUGUUGAAGUUCUCAUUUUAAAUUUAUAGUUAGGAGACCACCCCUGGAAGACUCUCUUCCUGUUCAGCAGUGUUUGAUAAAAUUUAAACAUUUUGUUUCCUUUUAGCUUAAGGAUGGACCACACCGUAGUUGGCUUUCACUCCUGUUGUGUUGGAACUGCAGUGUUGAGAACUAUGCAGAUGGGAAACAAAUGCAUGCUUUUCUUCUGUUGCCCUCUAUCCAAAUAAUUAGUGUACACUUCAUAGUCUGAAGUUAAUCUAAUUAAAAUGUUACUGCUUUGUAUAUGUGAUUUAGUAAGCCACUAUUCACUAAGAAUUUAACUGGGUACUUUUCCCAAAUCAGAAAAAUUUUAAUUAUACCUUCUUAUGCUGCUGUGUUGGUUUACCCAUGGGUUGUAUUUAUUUCUAAAAGGCAUGCAAAGGUAAUUAAUCUGAGUUCAGGUCCCAACAUUUUCCAGCAAUAGUAGUUUAGAUUUUCAGUAGAAAAGUGUUGGGUUAUUGAGUAAAAAGAUAAUCUGUAGUGAGUUGUGAUGCACUGCUUCAUUCUUUUCCUUCAAGCACUAUUGAAAUAUGAAGAAAAAUAUUGUUUGGUUCCUUACAACAUAUAUGUAAGCAUAGAUCUCCUAAGGAUUAGUUAAUGUUGACAUAGUCAAGGUGCAUGGCCAUUUCAUUGGAAGCUAGUAAUUGAGCUUUAAUUGUGAUUUGUUCACAAAUCAGGAUGUUUUAGAUACAACAAAUAUUUACAUACAUUCAAAUAUUUUUAUGUAUUUGAACUAUUUUAGGUUUUUUUCUUAGCUUUUUAGUGGAAAAUAUAUUUUGUUUAGCACUACCUGCCUUCUGAAAAGCUCUUCUCAGCCUUUGAGUUCAGUGUUUCCAAUUAAAAUAUAUAGUAUAUUGUUAGAAAAAUGUUCAAGAUUCAGGGAAAGAUGCUAAUGUGCAUUCCUCAAGAAAUAUAUUGGAUUUAAUGGUAGCAUCUAAAUUCAGCAAUACAAGCUCAGACUUCUUAAGGAAGAUAGGAACUUCUUCCAUAAAUUCUGGAGUUACAAUACUGUGUAUGCACAUAAACAGUGAGAUUCAAGUUCGAUUCAAGGUCUAAACUGAUUUUUUGUUGGGCUUUUUAGGAAAAGUUUCACUGAAAGGGACAAACCAGGGAGCAGUUCCUCUGAACAAAAAUGGACAGUCUAAGCCAAAUAGAGGGUUGCUCUUACCUGGAUUUAGCAAAGAUGGAGUCUGUAACUUCUCGCUUCUCGUGGACAGCUUCUGGUUUCUUCAAUGAAAGAUUUGAUAAAGGUUUGGAAGAAAAGAAAUGUUGGAAGCUGAUAGUGCAUGUUGGUACUGUUUGCUAAAUACAGUCAUAUCCAAAGAUCUGUAGAAAUAAUAGGAAGUUGUAUUUUGAGUUCUUCAGCCAUACACAAAAGUAAUAAUACUUUCAAUAUCCUUAACUUGUGAGGGUUCCUGUGCAGCUGGAAACAAGCAGUUGGCAGAUCCUUACUUCACUUUGGUUUUGUAGUGUCCUUGUAGCAACAGGUUGAUGGUUUACUUCCCUACCCAAACUUUCCAAAUGAACUGGCAGAGAACCAGGGUUGGAAUUGUAGUGUCCACAGCAAACUUUCCACCUUGAACUUUACGGCAUGUGUUUGUUCCAACCUGUGCAUGGGGCCAGCAGACACAGGAACCCCCUAGUGCAGAGGUGUGACAAGUGCCAGGGAGUGGCUCUAACAGAUAAACUCCUUUAAUUAAAAGCUCAUUGUAAAACACAAGCUCAAUUACAGUGUAAAAGCUGAUUUUUUUUAUGUGGAUGCUGUAUUUAAAAACCUUUUUCCCUACUUGUUUUAAAUUUUUGUGUAAGUUUGAAAUGACCAGCUUGUUGAAGUGCUUGAUUUGUGUUAUCUGCAUGUAGGGAUAACCAGUGUGUAGCAAGUUACCUUGGGGCAUCACAAAAAAUGAUUGUGACCAUUUUAAAGUUGCUGGGUUUUUUUUAAUUGCUGGCUUAAUGGAGAUUUUAUCUAUUCUUUCUGGGAAUCAAAAGAUUAUUAGUUCAGACUACACUCCUCAAAUUAUUACCUAAGCAUGUUUUUUGUGGCUCAUAUUAAGUUACUUUAGGUUUGAGUUUGGAUUUUUACUUUUUCCCUAAUCAAAGACAGUUCUAAAACCUACAACUGCUGAAUUGUUCAGGAAAAUCAAAAUUCUCAGUUUUGUAGUUAGACUUUAUCUGUUGUUAUUUAACAAUGCAAAGUUUAUAUGAAAGGUGCCUAACAGUUAUUAACUUUAGAAGGAGAAUAUCUUUCCAAAUUAAACAAGAUUUGCAGAAUGAGUGAUAAAAAAAAUUCAAGUGAUUCAUCCUGAUUUAAUAUAAAAUGUGUAAUUCUGUGUAUAAGUACUCAAUAUUUAAACACUUGCUGCUGGAUGUAUCAUUUUUGCUUGCAUUUCUAAUUGCUUCAUUUUGAUUUAUUUCUGAAAUCCAUUAUGCCAUGUGUAGUCACUGAUAGAAUUUCUGCAAUGUUUUGGAAAGCAAACAUUAAUUUGGGACUUCUUGGUUUUUAAAAGUAUUCAAAACAAAUCAGCCACCUUUUUGCCAGGUAUUUGGGUUGCUUUGUACAGCAUAUCUUAACAAGAGGAAUGUGUGCAAUAUGUAUCACCUCAUGUUUGUCUGGCAAUGUUACUAAAAUGUUAAGAUGCAAUAUCUUCCUCUCACUUCAAGUUGGAAAAAUUGCAGUAGCUCUGAUUUGGUGGUGUAUUUAUUUUUAUCUAUUCAGUGUAUGGGCAUAUGGUUAGCUAGGUUCUUUUAUGUGCAUUAUGUGCUUUUAGUAAUUUCUGAGUUUUAUCACUUCUGCAUAUGCACCAGUUGUAGCCAUUUGCAUGUUCUUUCAAUAUGAAGACCAUGGGGAAGGGGGGGCUUCAAGGAAAGAUUUCUGGAAACCUGAAUAAUUGUAAGUCAAAAAAUAUAGAUACUGCAUCAUUAACGUUUUUGGUAUGGUGUGGGUUUUAUAGCACCUAUGUAUGUUUGCAGUUAUUAAGUUAUUGCAUAAAUGUUUAAGAAUGAGCAUUUUUUUCAUCCAAAAUUUUGUAUGUUUGCAAAUAUAUUUUUGUAAUAAAACUUCAAAACAAAUGUUUCAGCACCUCCUAAAAUCUCGUGACGUUUCCUUUUAUUUCUAGAGCUCUCUUAGCCUACUGGAAGGUUCAGUUUUUAUUUAGGGUUAAUAUUUCCCAGAGAAAAAACUCA